AAUUUCCGUGUGCAAUUGCAAAUUGACUAGCUGUAUUUAUUUCACUCUUAAAAUAUUCUUCCCAGGUGAUUAAGAAUCUCGUUUGAGUAUACAAUUAUAUCAGAUGCAAUCUCAAUGGGUCAGGAGAAAAAUCUCACAACGUAGGAAAGAUAGUUGAUAGUUGUGGGUGAUCGAGUUACAAGUCUUUGUGGAAUAAAAAAAAUGGAUAAAAAAGUGUCUGAAAAUACAAAAUUUGAAACAACCGAAGAUGAUAAGGAGAAAGUUAAAAGUUGCUGGUGCUACGGAAGUGUUUGUACAGGCUGGCUCCUGUUUCUCUUCAGUGUAGUCAGUAUCAUAAUGAUUGUGGUAUUUCUGAGCAUGCGAGGUGAUCCUGAUUGUCAUGAAUUGAGUGAUUCAGAAUCAGAGGAAGAAGAAUCCACAACAAUUGACAUUGAACAUCAAGUACCAACGGAUGAUGAACACCUACUAAGGAUUGUCAGUCGUCAUGAAUGGGAAGCUAGACCAGAAUUAAAUGAACCCGUCCAUCUGCAUUUGCCCACAAAAAGAGUCAUUGUAUCUCAUACAGCUACGGAUAAUUGUACAACAAUGGUGGAGUGCAUUAAAGUGGUACAGGAUUUGCAGAAAUUUCACCUGGAUACCCAUGGAUGGGAUGAUAUAGGGUACAAUUUCCUCGUGGGAGGCGAUGGAGCAGCUUAUGAAGGCCGAGGUUGGGAGAAACAAGGAGCUCAUACCAAGAAUUAUAAUGUUAAUGCAAUUGGAAUUGCCUUUAUUGGCACUUUCAACAAAGUAACACCACCCGAGGAGCAGCUGAGGGCUUUCAAAAAUCUCCUACAGUGGGGCAUUGACUCACAGAAACUCGAUGAGAACUACAAACUCUUUGGACAUCGACAAUUUUCACCUACAAGCAGUCCUGGACAAAUUCUCUACGACAUCAUCAAGUCAUAUCCUCACUGGUCUGAGAAUAUCAAUUAGCAAUAAAUAUUAGUAAGUUUUUUUCUAAGUUAUCAUAGGGUCUCAAUCUCUCAAUCAGUUCAAAUAUUUCUGCAAUUUUUUUUCGCUAGAUUUAAACACCUUUCAGAGUGAUAUUUUAACAGAAAAAUUGCACAAUUUGCUGAUCAAUUCCACAAUUAUCACAAAUUCAAACUAAUUUCAGAAACUACAGGAAAAUGUUGCUAAGAAAAUUUGUUCCAUUGUUUACCUAUUGUGAGAAAAAGUUCACAGAAUGUUCUUUAUACGCAAAAAUAUUUCUAAAGUGAUGAAAAAGUAAAAAUGUCAGAGUUCAAGCAAAUAAAAUUGCCUUUUUUCAUUA